CCAAGCACGGUCACACUGGUCAUAUGGAAAUAAGAAAAAACAGCACGGCACGGUAGUCCAAUUAAGUUAAUUUUGUUAAGUAAACAUACAAGUGCAGAGUCGCCGCGCACACCCACGUAACCGUGAGGCCGCCCACUACUCAGUUUUCACCCGUAAACCAGUGCGCGAGUCGUAGUUUCGCCAGCAUUGUGGUCCACGUGUGGAAAUAGCCAGGAAAAGCGAAGGGGCACACACACACAGGCACACGAACGCGCAGCGAGGAACACGUACACAAAUGCGCGCGAGGGAAAAGCGCUAGGUCAGAGGAAAGUGAAAAGUGAAAAGCGAAAAGCGCGUCAGGGAUUCGCAUUCGCACGUAACGCAACGCGUAACUCCAAGGAAAAUGCCGCUGCUCGCCUACCGGGAAAAGCACAUCCUAAGUGCUCAGCAGCUGAGGAAACUGAGCGAGCACAAGUACUCCUGCACCAGUACCAGCCUCCUCGAUCCGCUGCUGCAACCCUGGUGGAACUGGCUGGUCGCCCAGACGCCUCUCUGGCUGGCCCCCAAUCUCAUUACGAUUGUGGGACUAAUCGUCAAUGUGGUCACUACGCUAAUAUUAAUCUGUUAUAGUCCAAAUGGCGUUGACGCUCCGCCACGUUGGACCUGUUUGCUAUGUGCCCUGGGUCUGUUUAUCUACCAGAGUCUGGACUCCAUAGACGGGAAGCAGGCUCGUCGCACGAAUACCUCCUCGCCGCUGGGCGAGCUCUUUGACCACGGCUGUGACUCCAUAUCCACGGUGUUCGUGGCCGUGUCGGCCUGCAUCUCCUGCCAACUGGGACACUAUCCCAACUGGUUGUUCUUCCAGUGCUUCUGUGCUAUUGCUCUCUUUUACUGCGCCCACUGGCAGACUUAUGUGUCCGGAACGAUGCGGUUUGGUCGCAUCGAUGUGACGGAGGCGCAGUUUUCGAUUAUAGCCAUUCACCUAGUGUCUGCCGUGCUCGGUCCUGAGAUCUGGUUGACUAAGAUCGGCAUUGGCAGUAUAGAGCUUUGGUAUGGCCCGGCAAUGACGACCAUUGUGUGCGGUCUGCUAUCCCUAGCUUAUGUAUUUUCCGUCAUUAAAGCCGGUGGUGUUGGCAAGAAUGGCUCGACAGUUGCUGGCACCAGUGUCCUGUCGCCCAGCAUUCCGCUCACGCUUGUGGUGCUGCCCGCCCUGAUGAUUGCCCAGAAGUCGCCGCAGAACAUCUUCACCGAACACGCCUCGGUGUACAUUAUGGCCUUCGGCAUGGUGGCCGCUAAGGUCACCAACAAGUUGGUGAUUGCCCACAUGACCAAGUCGGAGAUGGACUACCUGGACUGGUCGUUGCUUGGCCCCUCGCUGCUGUUCCUCAACCAGUACUUCAACUGCAUCGUGCCUGAGAUCUGGCUGCUGUGGUUCACCCUGAUCUGGGGCACCCAGGAUCUGCUGCGCUACUGCUCGCAGGUGUGCCUGGAGAUCUGCCAGCACCUGCGCAUCGAUCUCUUCCGGAUACCGUAUACGCCCAAGGGCGUGGCAUCGCAUCCGGCCACCGCCUCGGUGAGCAGCCAGAGCAACUUUGGCGGCAGUGCGGACAAGAACGGCGGCACCGCGCAUCGAAAGUCGAAGAGCAAACCGCACUAGGUUUUGGUGUCUUGCUACAUUAAUUAGUUUUCUUUUACAAAUUUACGUCGUUAGAGCCGAGGGAUACUCGUAGGAGCAGACGGAGCGCAAUUUAAUACAAACCCGUUAACACAACCCAACAAAAUUCACCGUCGAUAUUUAAACAAAAACAGGAGAAACACAACCAAACAAAAUAAGAAAAGAAAACAAAAAAAGAUAGAAAAGUUAGCGAAAGGCGAAGCAAAAUGUUGCUCCUACAUUUUAGGAUAUAGUUUACAACACGUUGUUGUAGCAAAGAAGGCGAGGUGGCUAGGGCUGCUGGGAGAAAGAACUGUUGCAGUCUCCGAUAUCAAUUAUAUGGCUAAAUAUAUAAAUAUAAAUAUAUUUUGUAUGAUUGUGUAAGUUGUAAUAAAUCUAGAUUGCAGUAUUUUUACUGUGCUAAAUCACA